UCCAAGAACUGUGUAUCAAAUGUCGCUUUUAUCAUGUAAACCGAUCUUUGGAGUGUUAAUGCUUAUUUGUUUUGCGAGAAGCCUUAGCGCUCAGACCUACAGAAAUAUGAGCAGUCUUGCAGGCAUUACUUCUGUUGCUUAUGUUACUGUUCCUAGCCAAGAAGUCGCUAAAAAAUUAGCACAUGGCUUGGUGAAGAAUAAGCUGGCCGCGUGUGUUAAUAUCAUACCAGGAGUCAUAUCUGUGUACGAAUGGAAGAAUGAAAUGAAUGAAGACAAUGAACUUCUAAUGAUGAUAAAAACAAGAACAGAUACUGUGGAUGCUCUUACCAAAUAUGUUAAGGAGAAUCAUCCGUAUGAGGUCUGUGAAGUAAUUUCUUUGCCAAUUCAAAAUGGAAAUGAAGAAUACAUCCAAUGGGUCAGUAACAUAACUGACAAAAAAAGUUCCAUCAAAUAA